UUUUGCUAUUUUGCUCAUACUUGACGGGAAAUGGCUACCUUUCCAGUUGGGACUAGUUUGCCUCCUUCACAAUCCCAAUCCCAGCACUUGCGGAGCCGAGCACUUCACUCUCCAUUUCAUGGCCUUCGCACCUUCCAAUCUCCACUAUCAUUAUCAUCUUCUUCCUUCUUUGGUUCUUCUUCUCUUUGUAGAAUUACGGGUCUCAGGUUGCCUGGUAAUCAUGUAUUGGCACGCGCUGAAGAGAAGGCUAGAGGUUCUACUUCGUUUCAAGAGCAGCAAGCUGAACAACGUCCCGAGAGACAAUUUCAGGACUUGAUGUCAGAAUCUGGAACAUGUGAUCCCCUGUGCUCAGUAGAUGAAACCAGCUCACUAGAUUUUGAAGAAACUUACCAGCCCAAGACUGAUUAUUUGAAAGCUCUCGCCAUAUUCGCAGCAGCUGCUGUUGGAGCAUUGGCAAUUAACCAUUCUUGGGUAGCCGCUAAUCAGGAUCUUGCUAUGGCAUUGCUAUUUGGAAUAGGAUAUGCAGGCAUCAUAUUUGAAGAAUCUCUAGCCUUCAAUAAAAGUGGAGUAGGAUUGUUGAUGGCUGUAAGCUUAUGGGUGAUACGGAGUAUUGGGGCUCCUUCAGCUGAUGUAGCUGCUUCAGAACUGACACAUGCGUCUGCAGAAGUCAGUGAAAUAGUGUUUUUCUUGCUUGGUGCGAUGACCAUUGUUGAGAUAGUUGAUGCUCAUCAAGGGUUUAAGUUGGUUACUGACAAUAUAACAACUCGAAAGCCACGCACUCUUCUUUGGGUGAUUGGGUUUGUCACAUUUUUCCUCAGUUCAGUUCUAGACAACCUGACAUCUACAAUUGUCAUGGUUUCUCUGUUGCGGAAACUAGUACCUCCAUCAGAGUAUCGAAAGAUUCUUGGAGGUGUUGUUGUUAUAGCUGCAAAUGCUGGUGGUGCAUGGACUCCUAUUGGCGAUGUUACCACUACUAUGCUGUGGAUACAUGGUCAAGUAUCCACUUUGCAAAUAAUGAAGGGAUUGUUUGUGCCUUCAGCUAUCUCUCUAGCUGUGCCGCUGGCUCUUAUGUCACUGACUAGUGAAGUUAAUGGGAAGGGACAGGAUUCACCCAAUGUCUUGGCAUCUGAACAGAUGGCUCCUCGAGGACAGCUUGUUUUUGCUGUGGGUCUAGGAGCUUUGAUUUUUGUACCAGUGUUCAAAGCCCUCACAGGUUUACCUCCUUACAUGGGAAUGUUGCUUGGACUUGGUGUGCUUUGGAUCCUCACUGAUGCUAUCCACUAUGGUGAAUCUGAGAGACAAAAACUAAAAGUACCACAAGCCUUAUCAAGAAUAGACACUCAAGGAGCACUAUUCUUCCUAGGAAUUCUAUUGUCUGUCAGCAGCCUGGAGGCAGCAGGGAUUCUAAGGGAAUUAGCAAAUUACCUCGAUGCUCAUAUUCCGAAUGUUGAAUUGAUAGCAAGCGCUAUUGGAGUCAUAUCAGCUAUAAUAGACAAUGUUCCAUUAGUUGCAGCAACAAUGGGAAUGUAUGAUCUAUCCACUUUCCCACAGGAUUCUGAGUUUUGGCAGUUGGUUGCGUUUUGUGCUGGUACUGGUGGCUCCAUGUUAGUCAUUGGCUCAGCUGCAGGAGUUGCAUUGAUGGGGAUGGAAAAAGUGGACUUCUUUUGGUACCUACGGAAGGUUAGUGGCUUUGCUUUCGCAGGUUAUGCUGCCGGCAUUGCUGCGUAUCUAGCAGUUAACAGCCUUCACAUCUCCUUACCCACAACUCUGGCCGAGAUUCCUUUUCUUUCUGGUUCCUAAAUGAGCAGUUCAGAGUUCACCGGCAUUCCAAAUAUUCUUGAUACAGUGAACGUUGUGAAUGAAGAUUGAGCGACUAAAGUAUGGCUUGGACACAAGAUAAAAGGCAUUCUGGGAGACUCAAAAUAUUCCUGGAUUUGAUAAAUUGUAAAUGUUAAGAAGCUUUCUUAAAUGCUUACAUUACAAUUAGUUAAAGUAAGAGAUGUAAUUUCUCAUCCCCAGAAUUAAAAAGGGGGGUAAGAGAUGUAGUUCUGGAUAUUGCAUGCUGCCAUUUAGGUUUAUUAUGUGAAGUAUCAUCAGACCAGAUCACUUUUCUCUUGAAAUGAUUGAAUUUAUGAAUAGAAUUCUAAGCUUUAUUGUGAUGGU